AUGCCCAAAUUACACGAGUUCAGAGAUCUCGAAAUGGCGUCGGAUAUGAAUGUCCAUGCUGCUCCUUUGCACGUUCAAUGCUCCCCUUCCAAGGACAGUGGUUACGAAGGUUUGGUGGAGGACAAAUGUGUCAAGGUCGAGAGCGACAUGGAAGGUUCCGCUCCACAGGCAAGACCGAAGAAGGCCCCUCGGGUCCCCGCACUACCUGCGAGGAGCGAGAGAAGAGCCUCGUCAAUGUUGAAGGAUGUCAUGUUGGAAUUGCAAAAUUUGGACGGUUCAAAAGUAAAGGAUAUUGAGGAAGUAUCAGUAGUCGAAGAGAAGGAUCCCCACGAGUUAUACCUAUCGAGUGAGGAAGACGCUUCACUGUCGGACUGUGAGGAUUCAGACUCACUCGCCGACUUCGAACCGAUGGAGGAAGAAGCAGAGAUUAUGGAGGCAGAGUUGAAGCUGCCAGGGUCGAGGGGAUCGAGUAGGAAAUCACAAGAGGUCACAGCUAGAGCGGUCUCGUUUACCAUGGUCAAACCUAUGAUUAUCGACAUUACACCUACCACGAAUGCCUCACCUCCUCGACCGACCACCUCCGCUUUCGAAUCGUCUAGUCGUUCAAGACCUCAGUCUUACUUUGGACCAAAGCCAGUACAAAUCAGAUCCGGUUCUCCUACGAGUCCUACGAGACCAGCAGCAAGACGACCAUCGCCUUUGAAACUACACACCAGUUCAAUCCGCAGAAUGUCCAUCUCUUCGUUCUCCUCCCUUACACAAUCCUCCUCAGGUUCCUCCUCCAACCUAACAACACCCAUAAUGAAGCCAAAUGACAAACGCAAAUCCACGCGAAUGGCCAACCUCGCGUCUUUAGUAACCCAUUCUCUCCAACACAAACCAUCCUCCCACUCCUUCCUUGCUACCGAUCCCUAUCCAACACCAGAAGCCUCCCCUGCUUUCCCACCUCAAGAAUUUCGAUCAGAAACUCCUAGAACGCCAACCAGCGCAGCAGCAGCAGCCUUCAAAAAAGGCCUUACCCGUUCUCUUCACGCCGCACGAAAACCAUCUCUUCCAAAACUCAGCUCCUUCUCACACCGCAACUCUUCCAUGCUCAACCUCGCACCACCGCCUAUCGCGCCCAUCCCAGAACCUCCUACUCGACACCGAAGAAAGUCUCUCGCCUUCCCAACUCAAGCUUCAGUACCAGAAUUGGGAAUUCCUCGUAUGCCCUUGACACCUCAAAUGCCGCUAACGCCUCAAACACCAUUGACAUACCAAGGCAUAUUGAAAGGAGCAGCUCAAUCACCGCCUACCGAGAAGAACGAAAGUCCACCGAGGAAGGCCAAAGAGCGAAGAAGUAUCCUGUACAUGGGACGUCGUAAGAGCUUAAAGGCUUGA